AUGGACACAAAUGAUAUUCUAUUGAAACGAAUACCUCGAAAAUAUCACGCGUAUUUGGUGAUGUUAGGCAGCGUAAUUAUUCAACUUUCUACUGGUAUUGUCUACACACUAGGUAACCUCUUACCGUAUAUUCUAUCAUAUUUGCGAUGGAGGGUUGAUCCAGGUCAAAGUGAAAGCUCGAUGAUUUGGCUGCAGAUGUUUUUAGGUGCGAUACCGUUUGCAAUGCUUGCUGGUGGAUUUUUGCAGCGGAAAUUGCCGAUUCGAGUCGUCGUUUUCUUGGGUGUUUUUCUUUAUACAUUUUCAAUAGCGAUUUCUUAUUUGACAAUACAGUAUUCAUUUGGCUUACUUUUAAUCACUUUUGGCCUAUGCACAGGUUUUGCUCAAGGAUUCACUUACAACUGCAUUCUAACAAAUAUACAAGAAUGGUUCCCAAAUCGAAUUGGUUUUGCAACGGGCAUGGUUGUUGGAGGAUUUGGACUUUCGGCAUUUAUUUUCACACCAAUUCAAACAAAAUUUAUAAAUCCGAAUAACUAUUCAGUUAACGAAGAUGGAAUUUUCACACAAGAAGAUCUUUUGAGACGUGUACCGCAAGUGUUUUUAGUAAUGGCUAUCAUUUUUGCAGUUUUUCAAUCUAUUGGAUUAAUUCUCCUGGCAAAACCAGUUCAAGAAUACGAACUAAUUGGAGGAAGCUUCUCAGUUCAGUCGGAAUUCAGUCAUCAUUCACAGCAGGAAGGUGAAGAUUUAUUAGUGAAGAAUCAUGGCGAUACCAGUGGCGGUAAUGGUAAUGAUAGUGGCAAUCACCAGUGGCGUGAUAUUUUCAAGAGCUCAACUUUCAUCAUUCUUUUCGUCACUUUAUUUCUUAACAACACUUGGGCACAAAUCGUUUCUGGUCUUUAUAAAGCAUAUGGUCAAACAUUUAUCAAAGACGAUUUUUAUUUGGCAAUGAUCGGCUCAAUUGCAUCAAUUUUCAACUGUGGUAGUCGUGUCUUAGCAGGGCAAGCAUCCUAUCAAACCUCAAUGAUAAUUGUGUGUGGAAUUGGUUCGGCCCUAAUGAGUUCAUUAUGCCUUGUGAGAUAUAUUGGAAUUUGGUGGGUGUUCACCUAUUGGGUUUGCUUUAUGUUUUCGUGCAUUGGUGCAACGUACACGUUGCUACCCUACGCAACCAACAAGUAUUUUAGAAGCGAACAGUUCGGUGUUGUUUACGGUUGCCUUCAAUUAGCACUUCCGCUUGGUGGAAUAUUUGCAGCAAUUCUAACGGAAUUGAUCCUGCCCUAUUUGGGUUAUAAUAUAUUGUUGUUGUUUGUGUCGUCACUGAUGUUUGUUUCACUCAUUUUAACUGCUAAUAUUCAUCGAACUCGACAUGCAUAG